AGGUAUGAAAGAGAUCCCACGAACGGCUACUACAGUGUGAACACCUUCAAGGACCACCACUCCACGCCCACCAUCUCCCUCUCAGGUUGCCAGCCAGAGAUGCGGCCCGCCAACAAGCAGCGCGUGCCGACAGGCAUGUCCUUCACCAACAUCUACACAACCCUGAGCGGGCAGAACCGCCUCUACGACUACAGCCAGCGUUUCAUCCUGGGCAUGGGGAGCAGCUCCAUCGAGCUGUGCGAGCGGGAAUUCCAGCGGGGUUCCAUGAGCGACAGCAGCUCCUUCCUGGACACGCAGUGCGACAGCAGCGUCAGCAGCAGCGGGAAGCAGGACGGCUACGUACAGUUCGACAAGGCCAGCAAAGCUUCAGCCUCAUCAUCUCACCAUUCGCAGUCCUCCUCUCAGAACUCGGACCCUAGCCGGCCUCUGCAAAGGAGGAUGCAGACCCACGUGUGAACGGACGGGACGAAACCGGCAAUGGGAGGGGAAGGAGGAUGGGAUGGACUGGCCAGCAGGUCAAGAGACCACCUGAGCUGAAUCCUGGCCCUGCUGAAGUCAGCAGAUCCUGGUGGUGGGGGGGGAAACGGAGACUGUUUGACCAGUUUAUUUGUGUUCUAGUGACCUGUAGCUCCACAAAGCCCCUCUUCUCCCUUUCUUCUCUAGAGUAAAGGCUAACGCAAGGCGGAGGGCGCUAGACGAAGCCUUGCACUGCAGAUAGGACUCUUCGGAGAGACUUAAUGCCUUCUUUCCUAGACCCGUUGACUCCCUUCCACAAGGGGGGAAGGACUCACGACAGCUGAACCCAAACUAACCUUAAGCACAAUGUCCAUUUCCUUCCUGUAGCAAACCCUGGCGUGGAAGGGGUGGGUGGGAACAAAGACAAGGGAAAGGACAGAUCACUUAUUUGGGGAAACCUCCCCGGGGGGGGGGGUGUCCCUUCUUUUAGGGAGGACGGGCUUCUAAACCCAACGGUGCAGGAAUAACGACAUCCAUGGCCUUCAGCGGGAGGCUAAGCAUCCUUGCUUUUCCGACCAAAUAAGAUAAUCUCCCUGGAGAAUAUUGGAGGUAGCUAUGACCAUCUAUCACCUACCAGCAAAUUUAUAUUUCCCAGUUCAUCCAACUGGCUCCCUGGGUUGGGCCCAGGGGAGGCAUCUAAGCUGCCUUUCGCUGGCAUGUCAUCUACCUUGGGUGGGUUCCUGAAGAUGAAUCGACCGAUGCUUCUAGAAUCCUCCCUGCUUUCCACUUCCUCUUCCUCUUAGUGACAACGAUUCCUGUCUGUGGACAUUUUGGAGAAGGUGCAUCUUCAACGCUGCCCGUCACGUGCACCAGCAAAGCCAACCCCUCCCUGCUGCUUAGCCUCAUUUGCAAAUUGUACGGGGUGGGGGUGGGGGAGCUGUGUCCUUCAAAGCAACCUCAAACAACAUGGCUUAACUUAAGGAAGUUUCCGUGUGAGGGGGAGGGGGAUAGCCAUUGGUGUAAUGACGUGCACUGACUGCUAAACCUGGUCUCUUAUUAUUUUUAAUGACUUUUAUUUUGUUUGGUGUUUGGUGUGUUUAUCAUAUUACAAUGUGUCUUUGGACUAAAAAAAAAAAUGGAGUCGAGAACUUUUAAGCGUGGCUUCUCAGCAAAAUACCCACGUAUGCCUCUAGCCCAUCCAUCAUGCUCUGAUUUUGAUUUAAGAGGAACUGUUUGGGGGAGGGAAGACUGAACUCCUCUUUUGAGUGACAUGUGACAAUCACUGCAGAGGGGCCCUCCCACAGUGGGCUGCUGUGGCGAGGGAACAUAAAACAUGUCUUACUUCUGCUUCUGUAUUCCCUGCCUUCCCUUCCUGUCAUCCCCCCCACAACAGCACAACUGGAAGACUAAUACAAGAAUUGUUACAAG